CGGCGGGCGCGCGGCGGCGCCAUGUCGGUAGCGGCGGCGGAAGCACGUGCGGGGGGCGGGCGCGGAAGGGGCGGGUCUGUCCCGGCCCCGCCCCGGGCGGCCAUGCGGGCGGCGGGGCCAGCACCGGGAGGCGCCUCCGCGCCCGCCCCGCAGCCGCCGCGGGGGGGCCGGGGUCGGGGCCGAGGCCGCGCCGUCCGCCGGGCCCGGGCGUCCUUCGUGGACGAGUCGCUGUUCGGCAGCCCGGGGUCCCGCCCGGCGCCGCCCGGCUUCGCUCCUCCCUGGGCGGUGUCGGUGCCGGUGCCGGCGGCCCCCGGCGGCGGCCCCCGACCGAGGAGUAGGUGCAGGCUGAGAAGUCACACUCCGUCCUUCUGCGACGAGUCCCUGUUCGGUGCCAAGCCCGAGGGUCCGGCCUGGGCAGCUCCGUGGAUGAGGAAGGAAGAUGUGGCCAAGCUCCACGUGCUGCUCUGGAGCCCCCCGCCCGCCCCCCAACACCAGCCCAGCCCUUCCCCCCGCUCCCGGGAGACACCGGUGAGAGCCGUCCACCCGCGCAGCGCGGCGUCCCCGGCACCGGCAGCCUGUGACACGGGCCGUAAGGACAACUCCUGCCUCUGGAAGUGUCCCGAGAGCCCUUUGGGCUCUGAAAACCACGGUGCUCCCCGCAGAGGGCGUUCGCAGUCUCUCAGUCGGCUGAACCCCCCCUCAGACGGGCUCUGCCCGGCUUCAGACAAUCCCAAGAUGGGAAGGUGUAAAAACCAGAGCCCGCUGACAGCCCCCGCCACCCCCCGAGCCCCUCUGAUGAGGGGGCGGUCAAAAAGCGUGUGUGGACCCCCCUUGGCCAGGAGCUCCACAGCAGCGGGUGGCUGCAAACCCAGGCCACCCUGGAAGUGAGGCCAAACGUCCCUCUGGACAUAAUUCCAGCCUUAAUGUCCCCGAGGUGGGGCCUGACCUGUAGGGUGAGUCCUCGUGGACCUUGGGACCUCCCGUGGCUGUGAAUGGAGGACGGGGACACUGCUCCAUGCGGGAGGAUGAGCCGGGAGCCGAGGGUGACCACAGCGCCGGAGCGGGACGGCCUUGGUGGUUACAGCAGCUUCCAUUGACUGUCCAGUGGCCGUCAGAUGACGUGCAGUAACGAGUCGGGUUCCUUCUGCCUGGGAAUUCGGAGCAGCGGGACACAGGGCUGCCCACCUGGGAACGGGACAUCCGCAGCAGAGCUGGGGGGACAGGCAGGACCUGAGCUCGGGUUUUGCUCCCGCAGCAGAAGGUGCCGCUGGGCUGGAGGUCCCGGUGGGACUGGCCUGGGUGGUGAAGGUCUGCGGACGUGAAAGCAAUUAGUGCCUUCUCGUAGCAGGUGUUGGGGGUGCUGACGAGAAUCUGAGCCUGCUCAGCUCUGGUUUGGAUGUUGAUACAGUGACGUGCAACCUGUUAAGCCUCCUGGUCUCUCAAGUGGUUUAGGAUAGAACCCGCAGUUUGAUUUGGACACUAGAUGGAGACACGAGGGUUGUGGAUUGACAGGAAAGCCAGCACUCUGCUCCCUGCCAGAUCAGGCAGAUCCGGGAGGGUGAGUCACCAGCAAAUGGGGGUAACCGCCCCGAAAUCUGAGCAGCAGAGAGCUGCAAAACUCAAAAGCAGGACACAGAGUGCAAUGCUGGAGUGCUUGAAACAUGAAGCCUCUUAAAAUGAAGAGAGAUUUUAUCUGAAAAUCAAGUUGACAGUGGCUUGUAUGGCCAGGGGUGGCCAGUUUAUCCCCACUGCUGUGUUCAGGCUUCAAGGAAUCGAUGGGGGAAACGAGAGCCCAUUGCAUCAGCCUCACGCGUUCCCAUCCCACGGUGGCCCGGGUUGUCACUGAGGGCUCCCAGGCCAUCAGGGGGACAGAACUGGCAGUUCCUUGCUAUUUACACCACAAGGACAGUGUUGGUUAAAGGAUAAAUGGGUAAAAAUGGAUUGCUUGGAUUUUAUGCUACAGUUCUCGCUCACAUUUGAUGCUUUACUGCUGCCCUGUCCUCUCGUUCUACCAGAGCUGUGCAGUGCGAGGACAAGAGAUGCUCCGUUUCUGCUGUGGGAGGCUGGUGCUUGUCUGGAGCAAAUGCCAAGUGUGAAUAAAGUGAGAUGGGGGAAA